AUGAGAUCAGAUUCGAUAUCCAUGAAAUAUAAAGCGAAUUUCGAUAUUUUAAAAGUGCUAUUACCAAAGCUUUUCCUUGAUUUCUAUGGAUUGCUUACGAAUGAUCAUCAAGGAUAUAUAAUUGGAAAUAUUCGAGAUAAUAAUAUUAGUUUGAGCAAAAAUAUAAAAAUAACAACGAAUCAAUGCGCUUCACGAAUGCUCGUGAAAGUACUCAUUACCGUAGCACUUUGCUCUCGACCACCGUAA